AUGGCAAAACAAUCACCUGAUCGUCUUUAUAAAUUUGAUUCAACAACAUUCGAUUGGAAGGAAUGGGAAUUUCUUUUUGAAACACAUGCGGCGGUGGAAGGAAUCGUCGAUGAAACCAAGAAACGAAAUUUACUCAUUACUUUACUAGAUGUCGAAUCAUUCAAAACGUUAAUAUCAAUUUGUAAACCAAAACAACCGUCGGAGUAUUCAUAUGCUGAAAUACUUCAUAAACUACGAACAAAUUAUGCUCGUGUAACUUUUACUUCAACUGAAUGUAUUAAAUUUUUUUCGAUUCGUCAACAAACAUCACAAUCAUUAACAGAAUUCGCAAAUAUCCUCCGUAAUAAAGCUACUACUUGUGAUUUUCCAAGUGUAUUUUAUGAACGAGCUUUAAUAACUGCUUUUGUUGGUGGUCUUCAAAAUGACAAUAUUCGAAAACAUUUAAUGCAAAAGAACUUAGAAACAUUAGAAGCAACAAUUAACACGGCAAAAACAAUUGAUACUGUCUUGAUUGAAGCGUCGGGAUUUCGAUCAAAUUCAAUCAAGGAUUUUGCUGUUAACAAAAUUAACAAACAAAAUAAACCAGAUACAAAAUCAAAAUUUAAUAAAACAACUUGUUCUAGUUGUGGUUCAACUGAUCAUGCACGUUCAACGUGUAGAUUUCGAGAUGUUGUUUGUCGGAAUUGUAAAAAGUCUGGACAUAUUGCAAAAGUUUGUCGUUCAACUUCUGAUAAUAAUAAGAAACAAUUAAAUUCUGUAUCGGUAUUAUCAAUCAAGAAACCAGAUUGUGAUCAACCUAUUGAUCUUUGUUUACAAAUCAACAACAUGCCAAUCAAACUUCAACUGGAUACUGGUUCACCCAUUACAUUGGUUACUGAACAAGUAUGGGAACAAUUGGGCAAGCCAAAUUUGAACCAAAUUAAAAUGAACAUAAAUAGUUUUACUGGACAUCGAAUUACAUUAAAAGGUGAGAGAAUGGUCAAGGUGGAAUACAUGGAUAAAUCAAUGCAAUUAAAGAUGCAUGUAGUAAAUGGUUAUGGAAAUAAUAUUCUUGGUAGAGAUUGGAUUUAUGCAUUAAAUCUUCAUACAAGAACAUUGAAUGACAUUGAUUCAAAUGGUUCAACAUUAAACGUAAAUUUUGGACCAGAAGGUUUGAACGAACUGAUGGCUCGUCAUUCAGAAAUUUUCCAGGAAGGUUUAGGGUGUUGCAAAAUUAAGGCACAUUUACAUGUCAAACCGGAUUCAAUACCGAAAUUUUGUAAACCUAGGUCACUUCCAUUUGCUUAUCGUGAAGCUGUCGAACAAGAUUUAAAUAGACUUAUCAACACAGGUAUUAUUGAACCUGUUGAUGUCUCGAAAUGGGCUGCUCCAGUGGUGGUGGUACCCAAACCAGGUGGAAAAGUUCGUUUAUGUGCGGAUUUGAGUACUGGUGUUAAUCAAUCACUUGAAAUUGAUCAAUAUCCACUUCCAAAGCCUAACGAUCUUUUUGUAGCUCUUAAUGGUGGUCAACAAUUUAGCAAAAUUGAUUUUUCGGAAGCAUAUUUACAAGUAGCGUUAGACGACGAAAGCAAAGAACUCUUGGUGAUAAAUACUCAUAAGGGUUUAUUUCGGUACAAUCGUCUACCUUUUGGUGUAGCUUCAGCUCCUAGCAUCUUCCAGAAGAUAAUGGACCAAAUGUUGGCAGGUCUCCAAGGAACCGUAUGUUAUCUGGAUGACAUUAUAGUUACAGGUGUAAACAAAAUGGAACAUUUAGACAAUUUGGACAAGGUGUUGGAAAAGAUCAAAGAUUUUGGUUUUCACAUCAACAAGUCAAAAUGUUCAUUUUUACAAGACAGUGUUGAAUAUCUUGGUUUUAUAGUAGAUAAAAAUGGAGUACAUACAUCACCAUCAAAAACGAAGGCGAUUGUUGAAAUGCCAUAUCCAACGAACAUUUCACAAUUACGUUCUUAUCUUGGAAUGGUAAAUCACUACGCAAAAUUCAUCCCGAAUUUAACUGAUCGUCUGGCUCCAUUCUACUUACUAUUAAAGAAAAAUGCUAAAUGGGACUGGAAUUCAACAUGUACUCAAGCAUUUACAGCAAUAAAACAAAGUCUCACUGGUCCCUUAGGAUUAACACAUUAUGAUCCGAAAAUUCCUCUGGUUCUGGCUGCUGAUGCAUCCAACACUGGAGUUGGUGCAGUGAUUUAUCAUCGAUUCUCUGAUGGUACAGAGAAAGCGAUUGCACACGCUUCAAAGACAUUAACACCAACGGAAAAGAACUAUGCACAAAUAGAAAAGGAAGCUUUGGCACUGGUGUAUGGUGUACAAAAAUUUGAUCAGUUUAUUCGUGGUCGAUCAUUUACAUUAUUAACCGAUCACAAGCCAUUGUUAACUAUAUUUGGACCAAAGAAGGGCAUUCCUACAACGUCUGCAAAUAGGUUACAACGUUGGGCAUUAAAGUUAAUGGGCUACAAUUAUAUUAUUGAAUAUAGGUCAACUACUAACUUUGGUCAAGCGGAUGGUUUAUCACGUUUACCUGUUGGUCCUGACAAGCAAUUUGAUGAUGAAGACCCAACAGAUUCUCGUACAAUUGCAUCAAUUCAAAUGGAAUUGCAAGAAGAAUUACCUUUACGUGCAUCGCAAAUUGCUCGUGCAACACGACAAGACAUUUUACUUUAUCAAGUAUAUACAUAUAUACUUUCAGGAUGGCCUAGUACAACUCCAGAUAAUCUACAAUCAUAUUUUCGUAUUCGAAAUGAAUUAUCUACAUCACAAGGAUGUAUCACUUGGGGUCUACGUACAAUUAUUCCACAUUGUUAUAGAAAACAACUUCUUGAUCAUUUACAUUCAACACAUGCUGGGUGUGGUCGAAUGAAAUCGGAAGCACGACGUUAUUUCUGGUGGCCAUCAUUAGAUAAAGAAAUUGAAAAUGUUGCAAAGCAGUGUGAAAGUUGUUCUUUAAACUCAAAGCAACCUGCAAAAAGUCCGUUAAACCAAUGGCCAGUUCCUGAACUUCCUUGGCAACGGAUACAUAUAGAUUACAUGGGAAGAUUUUUCAACAAAUUUUUCUUAAUUAUUGUCGACGCACAUUCUAAAUGGUUAGAAGUAGCAAUAAUGGAUCACAUUACAACUACUGCAACUAUUGAAACUUUAUAUUCACUUUUUUCUCGUUACGGUUUAUGCGAGGAAAUUGUUUCAGACAAUGGUACUCAAUUUACUUCCACAGAAUUUAGUGAUUUUUGUGCUCGUCAUGGUAUACGACAUCUUCGAACAUCACCUGGACAUCCACAAUCCAAUGGUCAAGCAGAAAGAUAUGUUGAUACAGUUAAAUCAGCUAUAAAAAAAGGCAUUAGUGGUGGUGGUGGUGAUUUAAAACAAGUUUUAAUCAAGUUUUUGUUUUCUUACAGAUCAACACCUCAUGCUACAACUAAUGUAUCUCCAGCUGAAUUAUUCAUGAAACGACAAUUACGAACUGUUCUUGAUCUUAUUCGACCUACUGCAAAAGAUGCAUUAAGUGCUGCUCAAGAACGUUAUAAACACAAUUUUGAUCGUCAUACUAAAGAACGUGAAUUUAAUGUUGGUGAUAAAGUUAUUGUUCGUGAUUUUCGCAAUGCAACAACCAAUGUCAAAUGGACUCCUGGUAUACUUAUCAAUCCGAUUGGAAAUCGACUUUGGAAUGUACAAGUAGAUCAACAACAAUGGAAACGACAUGAGAAUCAAAUUCAACUUCGUUAUUGGAACAACAACGACGAUGAUGUUUUAAUUGAAAUAGAUCAAACUCCUGUUUCUCCUGAUUCUCAACCAAAUCAACAACCUCAACAACAACAUAUACAUCAACAACCACAACUUCGACGUUCAUCAAGAGACAGGAAACCAGUCAAACGCCUGAUCAAUGAAAUUUAA